UCCGUUGAGGAGGGGAACCGCCCACCUUCCUGCCUCCCACCACCACCAUUUGGGCCCUACCCAGGGGGUGACCAGGCCCUGGACGGGGACAGUGCACCCUCAGGCUUCCAGAAGGGUCACCUGUCACUCAUCUUUGCAGAAGGGGAGGACACCUGAGAGGCCAAAUGUCUCUGCUGCCUUGGGAAGACUGGGCCUGGGUAGGGCAGCGAGGCCGGUGAACGAGUUGGUGCUUGUGAAACUUUCAGACCAGGACUUGGCGCUUAGAAAAGACCCGUAACUGUGAAGAAUAAUCACUGAGAACCUGGAAGGGCUGAAACCCCAGUGACUCAGGAAAAGCAAGCUGAGUACCGUGAAGUAAAUAUGAGUGAAAUACAAGCAGCCCCCAGGCUGUGGACCACGUGCCGAGAUGGAGAGGUCAUCCUCAGGAUGACAAAACACCAGCCAGGCCACGAGACCCCAAUGACCAUCCCUCAGCUUUUCCAAGAAGCAGUCAAGCGAUUUGGUGCCUACCCAGCGCUCGCGUGGAAGAGCAAGCGGAAGUGGGAAACGCUCACCUUCACCCAGUACUACGAAGAGUGCAGGAAGGCCGCGAGGGCCCUGAUCAAGCUGGGCUUGCAGCGUUUCCACGGCGUCGGCAUCCUGGGUUUCAACUCCGUGGAGUGGUUUAUUGCAGCCAUGGGUUCCAUCUUGGCAGGGGGCCUCUGUGUCGGUAUUUAUUCCACCUGCUCCGCUGACGCCUGUCAGUUUGUCAUCACUCAUGCCAAGGUGAACAUCUUGGUGGUUGAAAAUGACGAACAGCUGCAGAAAAUCCUUUCGUGGGAUGACUUCAUGGAACUUGGCAACAGCGUUCCUGACGCGCAGCUGGAUCAGAUCAUCAAGAGCCAGAAGGUGAAUCAGUGUGCAGUGCUUGUCUACACUUCGGGGACUGUGGGCGACCCCACAGGCGUCAUGCUGAGUCACGACAACAUCACGUGGACGGCCGGGGCCGUGGUGAAGGACCUGAGACUCCCCGCCACGUCGGGGAAGCAGGAGAGGGUGCUCAGCUACCUGCCGCUCAGCCACGUCGCCACGCAGAUGAUAGACAUCUGGAUCCCUCUGAAGAUUGGGUCGCUCAUACACUUUGCACAGCCAGAUGCCCUCAGGGGCACCUUGAUAAGCACUCUGAAGGAGGUAAAGCCCACCACCUUCCUCGGGGUGCCCCGAAUUUGGGAGAAGUUGCAGGAGACCAUCAAGGGAAGGGUUGGCAAUUUCUCAGGCUUCAACAAGAAGAUGUUCCUAUGGGCCAAAACAACUGGUUUGAACGCGCACACAUUGCAGACGCAGGGGGGAUCCCCCGGUUCCAUGAACUACCACGUGGCUAAGAAACUGGUGUUCAACAAAGUCCGGAGUUCCCUGGGCCUCGACCACUGCCACUCCUUCCUGAGCGUGGCCGCGCCGCUCUCCCAGGACACCUCGGAGUUCUUCCUGAGCUUGGACAUCCCCAUCGGCGAGAGCUACGGCCUCAGCGAGAGCUCGGGGCCCCACAGCGUCUCCAGCCGCGCGAACUACAGGCCCCUCAGCUGCGGCAAGCCCCUGAGCUCCUGCAAGAACAUGCUGCUGCGGGAGAACCAGGACAACGUCGGGGAGGUGUGCAUGUGGGGCCGGCACGUCUUCAUGGGCUACCUGGACAGGGAAGACGCCACCAUGGAGGUGGUGGACAAGGAAGGCUGGCUGCAUAGCGGGGACGUGGGCUUCAUGGACAGCCAGGGUUUCCUCUACAUCACCGGCCGAAUCAAAGAACUCAUCAUCACCGCUGCCGGGGAAAACGUGGCCCCCUUUCCCAUCGAGGACCUGGUGAAGACGACGAUCCCCAUUGUCAGCAAUGCCAUACUGGUGGGCAACAGGGCCGCGUUCCUGAGCAUGCUCCUGACGCUGAAGUGCGAGAUCGAUCAGGUGAGCGGGGAGCCCCUGGACAAGCUGAGCUGGCAGGCCAUCGACUUCUGCCAGGCCCUGGGCAGCCAGGCGUCCACUGUGUCGGAGAUCGUGGACUCGAAAGACCCGCUUGUCUACGCCGCCAUCCAGCAAGGCAUAGAUGCCGUGAACAAAGAGGCUGCUUCCAGUGCUCAGAGGAUCCGCAAGUGGGCCAUCCUGAGGAAGGACUUCUCUGUGCGAGGCGGGGAACUAGGUCCAACGACAAAAAUGAGAAGAUACCUCAUAACCCAGAAAUACAAAUCACAGAUCGAAAGUUUCUACCUCUGAUGGCUUCUGCAGAGCUGCUCCUUACGCCGCCAGCAGGGAAGCCCCUCGGAAACAUGGGUUUCACCACGCUGGGGAGGGGCGCCCCUCCUGUUAGUGAGAAGCCGGACCUGAUUCCCGUUGGUCGGAUUCUGCGUUCCUCACCUGUCGGACAGCAGCUGCGCUUUCAAAAGCAAGGACUUGAGACAUUAGAAACAAGACUGAAGAACUGGAUCCCAAAACUUUCAUGCCUGCCUGGAAGCAACCUGGGAACCCUUCUAAUAAGUUCUAACAAUAAGGCACUUCAGCGUCUCCUGUCUUUUUAUUUUUUAAAAAAUUAGUAUACGUG